UUUCCGUCACAUCCUGUGAUCUUCCGGUCACCGAUCCCUGUCUAUUCCCCUACAGUUGCUAAGUAGCGCUUAUACUGGUCAAGGACCUUUUCAGCUUCCCAUGCUCUGCCAGGCACACAAGAACCUGAGAUGGCACAGAGCCAGGAUAGCUGAUCCAGGCUGGCCAAAGGGAUAUUCUAUACCAUAUGACAUCAUGCUUAGCAUAUAAAGCUGGGGGAAGAAGAAGGAAGGGGGGACAUUCAGAGUUAUGGCGUUUGUCUUCCCAAGUAACCGUUAUGCUUGAUGGAGCCCUGCUUUCCUGGAGAUGGCUGAACACCUGCCUGCUGAUGGGAAGUGGUGAAUUAAUUUCUUCUUUUGCUUUGUUUGCCUGCAUGGCUUUGCUUUAUCUCUUAAACUGUCUUUAUCUCAACCCAUGAGUUUUCUCACUUUUACUCUUCUGAUUCUUUCCCCCAUCCCAUUGAGGGGGAGUGGGCGAGUGGCUGUGUGGUGCUUAGUUACUGACUGGGGCUAAACCAUGACAAGUAGCGAAGUUGGUAAUACUCUUAAUAUAAAAUAAUACUCUUAAUAUAAAAUUGGGGUGCCAGAUAAGACUGUAGCUUAGUUGUGGGUGUGGCUAUUUUACUAUAUGCAGAUAGCACUAAGUUGAUCCUAGGAAAAAUAUAUAUUCGUAGAGAUGAAGUGGUACAAGCUCCCCAGUGUGAAUUCCUCACUACUGCCAUAAUUUCAUAUCAGGGAAAAGAAAUCCAAGAUAUAUAUUAAGGGGGAAAAAAAAAAAAGAUGGAUUCACAAGAUUAUGUCCCAACAAAUUCAAAGCAAGAUAUCAGCCAUCACAUAAAGGUUAGCUCUGGUAAACAUUAUCUUUGUGGCUAUUGUGCAGCCUUCACCAAUAUAGCAGUCACCUUUCCCAUCCAGAAGGUCCUCUUUCGACAACAGUUAUAUGGCUUGAAAACAAAGGAUGCAGUACAUCAGCUGCAGAAAGAUGGAAUUCGAAAUCUCUAUCGUGGAAUCCUUCCUCCAUUAAUGCAAAAAACGACCACCCUGGCUCUAAUGUUUGGCUUGUAUGAAGAUUUCUCCUCCUUGCUGCAUAGUCACACAAGUGCACCUGAACUUCUAACUCGCAGCAUGGCAGCAGUGCUUGCAGGGACCACAGAAGCCAUUCUUACACCUUUUGAACGAGUCCAGACUUUGCUUCAGGACUACAAACAUCAUGACAAAUUUACAAACACUUACCAGGCUUUCAAGGUACUAAAAGUCUAUGGGAUUCGAGAAUAUUAUCGGGGUUUGGUGCCUAUUCUGUUCCGGAAUGGAAGCAGUAACAUCCUCUUCUUUGGCUUACGAGGACCUAUCAAACAGUGUCUGCCUGAAGCAACUUCUUAUAGCACUCACUUGGUCAAUGACUUUAUCUGUGGAGGGUUGUUGGGUGCCAUGCUGGGAUCCUUAUUUUUCCCAAUGAAUGUUGUAAAAGCUCGCAUGCAAUCUCAAAUUGGUGGUGAAUUUCAGUCUUUUUCAAAAGUUUUUGUGACAAUCUGGCUAGAACGUGAUAAAAAAUUGAUGCAUCUUUUCAGAGGAGCCCAUCUGAAUUACCAUCGUUCUGUCCUGUCCUGGGGCAUAACCAAUGCAACAUAUGAAUUCUUGCUAAAGCUGUUAUGAAAAUUAUUACCUUUCUUUGAAGCCCCUCUAUUCACUUGGGUAUUUGUACAUUUGAGGUCACUUAGUCUCUGGGAAUAGAUUAAUUUAUGGAACUUUUUUGUGAAUAACAUGGAAUACCAUGAAACUUGGAGAGAAUUCAAAGCAGCAGUUACAUUUCAGUAGGGAGAUGGGUGAUAUUGUUAGUGGUUGCUUAGUGUGAAAGGUAAUUAGCCUUAUUAACGGCCUUCAGUAUUUAUGUGGUAAAGAGCAAUACAUCUAAAUCUUGAUGCAAUUGAAUACACUUCUAAACAAGUUAAAGUAUUUAUAUGCUGGUGGAUAAAUUUACCCACAGUGGAAUAACUAGACAAAUGCAAAGUAAAAAAAUAUUUGUAUAUUGGUCUAGUAGUUUAUUCUAUCAUUUCCGAUGUUUCCUAAUACUCCCAGUUAUAAAAUUUUUCACUGUGCACAUUGUAUAAUAUGGAAGUCAAGAAGGGGCCAAUGAAAGCUGCUUCUCUUGCUUGAUACACUACACUAAACUAAACUUUCAAAUGUCUUGGGGUUCUAAAUUAUCUCUGGAGUUUAAAUAGAAGCUGCCAAUUUCUGAUGAGGAUGACUUUCUUUCUGAACCUCAAGUUUAAAAUGAGCCUACACAAACUAUUUUGCCAAACAUUUUACUGCUCAGCUUUAACAUGAACAUCAUCCAUUCACCAACAUAAGGGUAGCUACUGAAUAUUUAACUUCAGUGUAAACUGAUCCAGUGCAAAGUGGACUUGUGCCUCUGUGUGUGUGUGCCCUGAAAUGGAAAGGUGGAAGGAGCGAAACAGCAAUUUUAUCUCAAGCUUUAAAAGUGAGAGCACUCUUUCCUUGUUGAAAGACCUUCUAUUUGUAAAUUCAGUAUACUCAAGUUUUCUGCUUUUGUAUUACUUUGUUUCUUUUACAAACACAUGAAAAUUGAUCUCUCGCUAUAAUGCUCAAACAGUAAUACAGCUUCAUCUGACUGUCAAACUACUUCAUUAACAGCUUUUUUUUGAUCUUUUGCACCUUAUUUUUGUUUAAUUUGGGCUGUGGCAGAUUUUUACAUCAGCACUGACAAAGUGAGAUUUCUGGGUAUAAGCAUUUAAGGCAUUAAAGGGAAAGCAAGCAUAACUACCAAACAGGUGACUGUCUUAAUACUUUUUUUUUGUUUUCUUUUGCUUUUUUUUUGGGGGGGGGAGUGCUAUGCAUGAAAGUUCAUGAAGUAUUCUUUGUUUUGGGGGGUGGGAGCAGGAAAGCUUUCAGAAAUUAUUCUGAAUUGUUCUUUUCCUAGCCUUUAGGCCCUGUAAAACAAUCAGUGAUAAUACUGCAGUAAACAGUUAAGAGGCUGUGCAGUAUUAGAGGAGCUGAGGCAGAGAUAGACAGGUGGUUUCAGAAUCAUGUUCCUAUGGCAGACACCACCGAGAAUGAGGCACCAUGGACCCUGGUAACUCACAGAAGUAGGAGUCCACAUCAGCCUACACCCUCCACCAUCACAAUCAGAAACAGAUAUGAAGCCUUAACGACUGAGGACACCCAUGAGCAAGGUCUGCAAAGUCCCCUGCAAGGGGAAACUGUACCAGCAACAUACAGUGGACAUCGUAAAAAGAAACAAUGAGCAUUUGUGGUGGGUGACUCUCUGUUGAAGGAUACUGAGGCACCCAUCUGCCGACCUGACAGGGAGUCACGAGAGGUGUGCUGCCUUCCAAGAGCUAAGGUUCGAGACAUGGCUGAGAGGGUGCCACAACUCAUCAGGAGAACAGACUACUAUCCACUGCUACCAUUUCAUGUAGGCAUGAAUGAUACUGAGAGCCGUAACCUGGGUAAAAUCAAGGAAGACUUUCAAGCCUUGGGGAAGCAAGUGAAAAAUAUUGGCGCCCAAGUUAUCUUCUCUUCCAUUUUGCCAGUUCGAGGGAAGGGGGCAGCCAGAAAUAGGUGCAUUAUGUAUAUCAACUCCUGGCUACGUGGCUGGUGCCAUCGUGAGGGGUUUGGCUUUUACAACAAUGGGGUGUUCUUCAAUGACUACAACAUGUUAGGGAGGGAUGGAAUCCACAUGUCUAGAAGGGACAAGGGAAUCUUCAGCAGUAGGCUGGCUAACUUGGUGAGACAGGCUUUAAACUGAAGGACUUGUGGGGUGGGAUCCGUUAUGGAAAUGCUCAUACCAGCACAUCCAUCAGGGGAGUAAGUCAGGCCAACCAAUGGGGCGACAAAUGUUCCUUAGCCGUCUCUCAAGAUGUGAAACAGAAGAGCAAUCGCCUCAAGUGUAUGUAUAGAAAUGCACGCAGUCUAGGAAACAGACAGGAGGAACUGGAGCUCUGUGUCCACACAGGUGGUUAUGACAUCUUAGGAGCAACUGAAACAUGGUGGGACAGCUCAAACAACUGGGGGAUCGCGAUGCACGGUUAUAGGCUCUUUUCUAUAGACAGGCAGGGUAGAAGAGGGGGAGGAGUCACACACUACAUCAAGGAACACCUUGAAUGUAUCAAAGUCAACUAUGGUGAUUGCGACUGCUCUAUCAAAUGCCUCUGGGUUAAAGUCAGAGGGGUCAUUUCCAAGCAGGACCUCACAGUGGGCACCUGCUACCAACCUCCUAACCAUGAUGACAAUGCCGAUGAAGUGAUACUUGGGGCACUAAAGCAAGCUUCUGGCCAACAGAACCUGGUCCUGAUGGGUGACUUCAACUACCCAGACAUCUCCUGGAAGAACAAUACGGCAGUUCGCAUGUCAUCAACCAAAUUCCUGGAAUGCGUAGAGGACUCUUUCCUCAUACAAAUGUUAGAUGUGCCAACCAGGAAGGAGGCACUGCCGGACUUGCUAUUCGCAAACCAAGAAAACCUGAGUUCGGGAUCCUCUGAGCAUGCCAAAAGUCAGUACUAAGACAAGGGUUCUGGAUUUUAGAAGAGCAAACUUCAGCUCACUCAGGGCUCAGUUGGGAGGGAUCCCGUGGGACGUUUCCAUGGAAGAUAAAGGAGCUAGUGAGUGCUGGGAGUUCUUCAAGAACUCUCUCUUGGAAGCACAAAACCAGUUUAUCCCCUAUAAAGGAAAGGGAAGUAAGCGGAGCAAGAGGCCCCCUUGGCUCAACCAUGAGCGCCUGGGUCUACUCAAAUCCAAAAGAGAAGCAUACCAGAGAUGGAGAAGUGGAGGUUUAUCUGUUGAGAGCUACAAGGGCAUUGCCAGAGAGUGCAGAGAUGCAGUUAGAAAAGCAAAAGCCCAGCUUGAGUUGAAACUGUCUGUAGAUGUCAAAAAUAACAAGAAAGGGUUCUUCAGACAUGUCAACCACAAGCAGAAAAAGGGAAACAUAGGCCCACUGUUAAACAGAAAAGGAGAGUCAGUCACCAACGAUGCGGAAAAGGCAGAGGUCCUCAACACCUUCUUCACCUCUGUCUUUGCCAACACUGUUGGGUCCCAGGCUUUAGGAACGAAGUUCCUGGUUGAUCCAAACAUAGACCCAGCAUCAGUGAAUUAUUACAGGAGCUUGACCCCUACAAAUCGGUGGGCCCUGACGCCAUCCACCCGAGGGUGUUGAGAGAGAUGGCUGAUGUCAUUGUGAGUCCACUCUCCAUAAUCUUUGAGAAGUCAUGGAGAAUGGGGGAUGUCCCAGAGGACUUGAGGAAAGGCAAAUCUUACCCCUAUCUACAAGAAGGGCUCGAGGGAGGAUCCGGGUAACUAUAGGCCCAUCAGCCUUACUUCAAUCCCUGGGAAAGUUAUGGAACAAAUCCUCCUGAGGGCCAUCACAAGUCAAAUGAAGCACAUGACUGGGAAAAGCCAACAUGGCUUCACUAAAGGCAGAUUGUGCUUGACAAACCUGGUGGCCUUCUAUGACAAAGUGACUUGCCUGGUUGACAUGGGGCGGGCGGAGGACAUUGUCUACCUAGACUUCUCCAAGGCCUUUGAUACGGUCCCCCGCGGCUUCUUCCUGGAGAAAUUAAUGCGAUAUGGCCUAGACAAAUGGUCUGUGCAGUGGGUGGGUGUGGAGUAAGUGAAUGUGGCCUCCCAUGAUCUCAUCACCCUUAUUGGAUGCAAGCCGUGGGAUAGAAAAACAACCCACACAAAAACACAGAACUGAGGCCUUGAUAUGCAGGACAGAAGGUCAGGGGCACAGCUGGAGCACCAAAGCAGGAGAGCGCGCUUAUCUAUGUUUAUACCAUAUGUGGAGCUAGUGUGCUAGAACAGAUUCAGAGGCGGAGAGAAGGGAAAAAUACUAGCUCAGGAGGCAGACUAUAUUAAGGCUGCUCUUUUGUGAAUAAAUGGCUUUUUGGCUUUGCUUGUGCAUGAAUACGGAGUCCAUGUUAUGAAUCGCCACAGGUAGGGAAUUGGCUGACAGGCCGCACCCAAAGGGUGGUGUUAAAUAGCUCUUUUUCAAAGUGGCAACCUGUCACAAGUGGGCUCCCCCGGGGAUCAAUAUUGGGCCCAAUGUUAUUCAAUAUCUCUGUAACUGAUCUGGAUAACGGGAUCAAGUGUGGCCUGAUGAAGUUUGCAGAUGACACCAAAUUGAGUGGGGAAGUAGACACUCCAGAAGGGAGAGUCGCUCUGCAGGGAGAUCUGGAUAGGCUGGAAGAUUGGGCCAGCAAGAACCUUAUGAAGUUCAACAAGGAGAAGUGUAAGGUCUUGUACCUAGGAAAACAUAAUCUGGGAGUGCAGCACAGACCGGGAUGCACCUGGCUGGAGAGCAGCAUUGUGGAAAGGGACCUGGGGGCCUGGUGGGGGGAACCUCAACAUGAGCGAACAGUGGCUGCUGCAGCCAAGAAGGCCGAUAGGAUGCUGGGUUGCAUCAAAAAGGGCAUCACCAGCAGAGAGAAAGAAGUCAUUAUCCCACUCUACUCAGCGCUUGUGUCCUGGUUUCAGCUGGGAUAGAGUUAAAUUUCUUCGUAGUAGCUAGUAUGGGACUAUGUUUUGGAGUUUUGCUGGAAACAGUGGCGAUAAUGUGGGGAUGUUUUAGUUGUUGCUAAGUAGUGCUUACACUGGUCAAGGACUUUUUCAGCUCCCCAUGCUCUGCCAGGUGCACAAGAAGCUGGGAGGGGACACAGCCGGGACAGCUGACCCAAAAUGACCAAUGGGAUAUUCCAUACCAUAUGACAUCAUGCUCAGUAUAUAAAGCUGGGGGAAGAAGAAGGGAGGGGGACAUUGGGAGUGACGGCUUUUGUCUUCCCAAGUAACCGUUAUGCGUGAUGGAGCCCUGCUUUCCUGGAGAUGGCUGAACACCUGCCUGCCCAUGGGAAGUAGUGAAUGAAUUCCUUGUUUUGCUUUGCUUCCGCAUGCAGUUUUUGCUUUACCUAUUAAACUGUCUUUAU